AUGGCGCUUCGGGACGAUACGCAACGACGACUAGAGCAGCGGCUCAGUCCCGGCAAGAAAUCGAAAUCUACAACCCGUCUUUAUUCGCAUCCUUUACCGGAACGACUGAAACACGACGGCGACGAUGCACAGGUUGACUUUACAGCUCCUCCUGGUGUUUCUGGGUCGAAAGAUGGUCACAUGCACUACAUGCAACAGUCGAUAUUUUCUAUGAUUGCUGCUGUCGGUUCCAGGUCGGAUUUCCACACACGGUUUGACGAAUCGAGUGAGAGCGAAGGGGAAGGGGAAGAACGUCAGCAGAAAGACAGAUCGUCUGAUAGACGAAGGGAAGCCGGGAUACCAGAGGAAGGGCCACAGAGUACAUUGGAGGAGCGAGGGCGGAGUCAUCGGAGAACGAUAUCGGAGAAAAAGCUCUGGAGUCCUCUUGAGAGACUGAAUCUCAAGCACGGAGGAGGGAACAUGUCUGCCAGUCAGACGGUGGGUUCGCAUCGGAUUACGCCACCCAGGCGACCCCGGAGUGCAACACCCAGAGCGGCCCCGGUACUUAGUCGGAUGGUCGAAGCCAAAGCGCGCCUCGAGAAAACUCCGUCCACGGAACGUCCACAGCCCGAACCCGAAGAGAACACACAGAACGAUGCCGAAGAGCAGUCUGCGUCGCUGCUGUCAACCCGUUUGAUGGAAAUGUUUGGCUUCCAGAAACCGGAGAAGGUGGUUGUCGAGUACGCCUGUGCUUUGCUGCAGAGCAUGCUCUUACAAGGUUAUAUGUAUGUCACCGAAGGACAUAUUUGCUUUUAUGCCUACCUUCCCAAGAAGUCGACAGUUGCCAUCAAAUCCGGGUAUCUCUACAAAAGUGGCAAGAAAAGCCCUAAGUAUACCCGGUAUUGGUUUUCAUUGAAAGGAGACGUCCUCUCCUACUAUGCAGACCCGUCGAAUCUUUACUUCCCCAGCGGACACGUCGACUUGCGAUAUGGGAUCUCCGCGUCGUUAUCUGAAAAGGACAAAGGGAAAGAAACGAAGGACUUCCAAGUCACCACCGAUCAGCGGACAUACUACUUUAGGGCAGACAGCCCUGCUAGUGCCAAGGAAUGGGUGAAAGCUCUCCAGAAAGUCAUCUUCCGAACCCACAAUGAUGGCGACAGCGUCAAGGUGUCAUUCCCAAUUGAGAACGUAAUAGACAUCGAGGAGAGUCCUAUGGCGGAGUUCGCGGAGACGCUGAAGAUUCGAGUGCUCGACAGUGGUGACACAUAUGCAAUCGACGAGUACUUCUUCACGUUCUUCGAGUUUGGCCAGGAAGCUUUCGAGUUCCUGAAAGGUCUGGCUAGUGAAGUGUCAAGCAACCGUGCUUCGCAGCUCCCAUCACCCCAGCGAGGCCAUGCCCGGAACAGAUUGUCAAUAGCCAGUGGGAGUGGACUCCCAGAUUAUGACCAAACUGGCAGGCGUCGGAGGAGCGUGAGUGGAAGUCAUUUCAGCAGUGUCGGCCAUGGCAUACUAGACAAGUCCCCGCCAGUAAAACAACAGGACUCGUCUGGGAUGCUUGGCAAUUCUAUCGACCAAGAGAGCGAGUCGCCUUUCUGGCACUCGAACACAGCGGAAUCUGCAAGCCAGAUCCUAAACCGCAGUGAUGUCUUCCAAGCCCCUACGAUACACAGCCUGGGAAGGAAGCCUUCUGAUGCAGAGGGCGUUACUGCUCGUCGGUACUCUGAUGAUACAGCUCGUUUCACAUCCCCACACGCCAGUCAUUCAUUCUCUCCAAGAAAGGACGAUCUCGAAGCUCAGCACAACGGGAUCGAUCAAGCCGCACAGGAUCCUUCCAAGGUCCAAUCGUCUACUGCCUCUCUGAACGAGCUUGUGAAAGCUGGCGUCUAUCCCCUCCAGCGCGCCGCAGGGCUUGCCGGAUAUCUAAGGACUCGAUCAAAGGCGAUGAGCAACCUUUUGGCAACAGAGUCGAUGGGCUACCUUGAAAAGGUCUCUGGAAUGUGGGUCGGUGGUGGAAGGCAUUACGGCGAAAGUGAAGGAAUUAUCUCAGAGGACCAAGCUGUCGAUCCCGAAGACAAGGAGGAUGGCUGCAAAUACGGUGAUCGUUUCCGCGCUCAUUUUGCCUUACCGCCGUCGGAAAAGCUCCAGGCUACCUAUUAUGCAUAUCUGCAUAGGGUGCUCCCGCUUUAUGGCAAAAUCUACAUUAGCCAGAAGAAGCUUUGCUUCCGCAGUCUUAUUCCAGGCACUCGAACGAAGAUGGUCUUGCCACUUAAGGAUGUUGAGAAUGUGGAGAAGGAGAAAGGGUUUAGAUUCGGCUAUCAGGGACUUGUGGUCAUUAUUCGGGGUCAUGAGGAGCUUUUCUUUGAGUUCAACACGUCUGACUCUCGAGACGAUUGUGCGGUGACCCUUCAUCAGCAUCUCGAGGCUGCCAAGUUCUUGAUGGAAUCUGGUAUCCUUGCGGAGCAAGAACAAGACGAAUCGGAGGCUGCACAGGCCGAGCAUCUCAUGCUACAGGAAGCUAGACUUGGUGGUGGUGGUGGUGGUGGUGCAGACGAGCUUGAAUCGCGCGGUUCGCUAAACGGCUCUUCAGAGCUCAAUCCGAUUUUCGAUGAUCCUCGUGCAUCGAUAAUUAACUUCAAGCCAACGGAGUCGUUGAGAAUCACAUGUUUGACCAUUGGUUCUCGUGGAGACGUGCAGCCAUAUAUUGCCUUGUGUAAGGGAUUUAUCGCAGAAGGGCACAGGCCCAAGAUCGCAACGCACGCAGAGUUUGAGCCCUGGGUGAGGAAGCAUGGGAUUGACUUUGCUCCUGUUGAUGGAGAUCCAGCCGAGCUCAUGCGCAUUUGUGUGGAGAAUGGGAUGUUCACAUAUUCGUUCCUUAAAGAAGCAUCGUCGAAGUUCCGAGGUUGGAUUGAUGAUCUCCUGUCAUCUGCGUGGACAAGUUGUCAGGACAGUGACCUUUUGAUCGAAUCCCCGAGCGCGAUGGCGGGAAUACACAUUGCGGAAGCGCUCCAGAUCCCUUACUUCCGUGCGUUCACUAUGCCUUGGUCGAGAACACGGGCAUAUCCCCAUGCGUUUGCUGUUCCGGAGAACAAGCUAGGCGGUGCUUACAACUACAUCACGUACGUGAUGUUCGAUACCGUAUUCUGGAAGGCGAUUGCAGGGCAAGUGAACCGAUGGAGGAACAACGAGCUCGGCUUAAAGGCAACUACUCUGGACAGGAUGCAACCAAACAAGGUCCCGUUUCUCUACAAUUAUUCGCCGUCGGUUGUCGUGCCGCCUCUCGAUUACCCUGAUUGGAUCCGCAUUACUGGCUAUUGGUUUCUCAGCGAAAGGUCCGAUUGGACGCCACCAGCGGAGCUUACUGGAUUCAUUCAAAGUGCCCGUGCAGACGGCAAAAAGAUAGUGUAUAUCGGAUUCGGAUCGAUUGUCGUUUCAGACCCGCAAGCGCUGACGCGGACUGUCAUAGAGUCUGUCCAGAAAGCUGAUGUUCGCUGCAUCCUUUCAAAGGGAUGGUCAGAUCGUCUUGGAGACCCUGGCAGCGUGAAAGUGGAAGUCCCUCUGCCACCUGAGAUUUUUCAAAUACAGGCUGCACCGCAUGACUGGCUAUUCUCGCAGAUCGAUGCUGCUGCCCAUCAUGGUGGAGCUGGGACGACUGGGGCAAGUUUGCGCGCUGGCGUUCCGACGAUUAUCAAGCCGUUCUUUGGGGACCAGUUCUUCUUUGGAACCCGGGUGGAGGACUUGGGUGUGGGAAUUUGCAUGAAGAAGUUGAACGUCAGCGUGUUCUCGAGGGCACUAUGGGAGGCCACUCAUAGUGAACGGAUGAUUGUCAAGGCCCGUGACUUGGGUGCACAGAUCCGAAGCGAAGAUGGAGUUGGCACCGCCAUCCAAGCCAUCUACCGUGAUCUCGAAUACGCCAAAACCCUUGCCCGACAACGCUCGAUUGCAUCGUCCACACCCUUCUCACCGAAGCCAUCUCCCAAGAAUGCGGACGAGCCGGAGGCUAGUGACGAUCUUGAUGACAUUGAAGAAUGGACGUUUGUCGGCGAUGACACGGACAUUGAUAUCUCCAAGAGAGUGCGGGAUAGAGCCAUUUCCGACAUUGAUAUGUUGCCUGGUCGGUUGCAUGAAAACAUUGGAGUUGGGGAGUCUUAG